CAUGAGCAAAUAGAACUAUUUCUCGAGUCUCUCAAGAAUAAACCAAUUGUGAAGCAAAAACAAAAAUUGGUGAUAGGCUCUUCUCAAAAGUUAAAGCCAUCGUCAAAAAUUUUGGAACGAAGGCUCAAACUUCUCGAUACCAACGAUCUCCGCGAAUUAGCUCAUUCGAUGAAUGAUCCGAAUAUAUUUAAAGUAAAAGUUGAAGCUGCGGUGACAAAAAUUACUGCCGGCUCAAUUGCUGCCAAACAUCAUCUUAUAAUGUCCACAUAUAAAUCAAAAUUUCAAAUAAAACACAAAAAUGAACUCUCGAGUGUUCAGCA